GUGAAGAAAGGGCUGAUGCUCCGGCGUUCGCAUGCGCCGUGUGUAGUGUUUUCUUCCGCCCGGCCUGGUGUGGCGGUGUGUUGUUGCACGUGGUAUGGCGUGCUCCUUGUUCUUCGCAGAAGCUGCCCUAACUGGUGGUUGUGGCGGACGAUAGAGGAGGAUGUGGGGCGCGGCGAUGGGGCUGCCUCCGCGGCUGGCGCUGUCAGUGCUGGCUGGUCCCGGUCGCUCUUGCAUUCUGGGGUCUGGAGCUGCGACGCGGAAGGACUGGCAAGCGAGGAACCGUCGUGACUUCUCUGACUUCUACCUGCAGCCGUUAUUUGAUCCUGAUUUAGAGGAGUCACCCUUUUAUCCAUCCAAGGGUCGAUCCGAGCCUACGCGUCACGUAGCAAAUAAGAAAUUGGCCAGGAACCUGGCACGACACCUGCUGGGGUUCCAAAAACCAUCCCGUCAACUUAUACUAGAGUGCAACCCAGGUUCUGGAGUCCUGACUGAGGCAUUACUUAGAGCCGGUGCUAGAGUGGUUGCCUUUGAAAGUGAAAAGUCUUUUAUUCCACAUUUAAAGUCCUUAAGGAAGUAUAUGGAAGGAGAGCUGCGAGCGGUUCACUGUGACUUCUUUAAGAUGGAUCCUAGACAUCAGGAAAUAAUAAAACCGGAAUACAGCUCACAGGUCAUUUUUCAGGAUUUGGGAAUAAAAGCGGUUCCUUGGACAGCAGGUGUUCCUAUAAAAGUAUUUGGAAUCCUACCUAAUAAAUACGAAAGACGAAUACUUUGGAAAACUCUGUUCGAUCUGUAUUCCUGUGACUCUAUAUUCAGAUAUGGACGAAUAGACCUGAAUCUGUUUGUUACGGAAAAAGAAUUUCAGAAACUGAUAGCAACUCCUAAAAGGCCAGAUUUAUACCAGGUAUUGAGUGUGCUUUGGCAAGUGGCUUGUGAAAUUAAGUUUAUUCACAUGGAACCUUGGUCGUCGUUUAGUGUAUAUACUGAAAAUGGGCACUUAGAGAAGACAAAGCUUAGGGAAUCAUUAAAAUCAAUGAAACAAAAUAUGUAUUUGAUUCAAAUGACUCCUCGUAAAGGUUUAUUUACAGAAAACUUAAGUCCGUUGAAUUAUGAUAUAUUUUUCCACAUGGUAAAGCACUGCUUUGGGAAGCGCAGUGCCCCAAUAAUACAACAUUUACGUUCACUGAGCACAGUUGAGCCAAUUGAUGUACUGAGGCAGGUGAGACUAAGCCCUGGAGCGACAGUUCUUCAAAUGUAUCCUCAAGACUUCAAAAGACUGUUUGAAACUAUAGAGAGUUCCGAGGACUCUAUCUUUAAAUGGAUCUACGAUGACAGCUUGGAGGACAUUCAGGUCUAGGCAAACAGUCUACAAGCCAUGAACUGUAGCUGCUUAUCUAUUUAUUUGGAAAUUAUGAGACAAAUGAAAACUGAAUUUUAAGAAGUUAACGCCCUUUCAACAGAAGAGAAAUUAUCCUCGGCUGGCACAGAUGGGGCUGGUACUUUCUUCUGAAGUUGAUAUCUUUUGACACACUGGAAAAGACAGUGGCUGUGGUUUUAUUCAAAACUGAAUAAAAUAUAAAGUUAUCAGUUUGAUCAGAUCAAUUUUUUUAAAAAAAAAUUUACUAUCUGCAGUAGAUCAGUGGUAGAACACAUACCUAAUGUGUCCAAGGUUCUGGUUUUACAUUACUCUCUGCUGUAGAUCAAUGGUAGAACACAUACCUUAUAUUCUAAGUUGCGUUUUGUUGGUCUAUUUUAUCACAGCAACAGAAUGAAAUUAGGGCAGGUUUCUUAUCUGUCUGCCUUAGAACUAUGACAUCCCGAACAACUUAAAGAAAUUUGAAGACAUUAAAAAGAUGAAGAGAUGGCUCAGUGGUUAAGAGCACUGACUGCUCUUCCAGAAUUCCCAACAAUCACAUGGUGGCUCACAACCAUCUAUAACAUCUAUUAAUAUGUCCAAGGCUCUGGUUUGGCUUCCUAGCACAGGAAAUUUAAAAAAAAAAAUCUGUUUACUGAAUACUUUAGUAGGUACGGGGUAUUCCAAGUUGUAAUUUAAUUUCCUCUCUUUAAAAAGUCUUUUGGCCAAACAUCUUUAAAUAUCACAAUUUUUACCACUGCCAAUUGCUUGCAUUUUUCCAGUUUCUGUGCUGUAAAGCUUAGAAAAGGAACUGAUUUGACCAGGCGAUGUGGUCUUGGAACUUGGAAGGUAGCAGAUCCAUCAGUUCAGUGCCAGUGUGAAGUAAGGAUGAAUGUGAGGCCCCUUUGGCUAAUAAGAGACCCUGUCAAACAAAACAGUAUAAACUUGUUUCAGAAAGGGAUGAGUUUAUCUUUCUGUCUGUUGUAAUGGAUUAUCAGGUACUAUACAAUGUAAUUGUUUAAAUUUUAGUAUGUUUUAAACUUUUUUAGAAAUAAAAAGGUU